AUGUGGAGAUGUAUUGGCCUCCUGCUGUUUUUAGGACAAUGUAUUAUAGUUACCUCGGAAUCCAGCGAAACCCCAGGCACACGUAAUACCAGGGACACAGAAUGCUGCCCUUGUCCAGAGGGUAGAAGUGCUGAUCUUACUGCAUCAGCUACCACCCAUUUCAAUGAUGACUGCCCGUGCAAGGCACGAAGUGCCGAUUCCGAUCCUGCAGCAUCAAUUUUCACGCCAAUCUUUCGUGCUGCUGGUCCACCCGCUAGGCAAAUACAACAAAAUGAUAUGAAGCCUUUAUUAGAACCGGAAGUAGGUCUUGCGUCCUCAGUACUUGAAACUUUGCGAGAAGCUACUGAAGAAGAAUACCAAGAAGCACUGGCUAGAGAUGCUGCCAGGAAUGCUUUACAGGAUGAUAUAAAUAAACUAGUCAAAAUCGUAGUGAAUCAUGAACCUCGAGAGGCUGAUGCUGAGCCAGAAGCUUCAAACAGUCAUACCGUAAGGUGUGUUGAUCCUUUAGAAAACAAUAACUUUUUGGGGCGUAGCUCUCUUGAUUAUCCUAGUAUUGGACAAACGCCGAUUUCGGACAGAAUACGUGGCAUUAAUGAAGCUCAGAAUAUUUUUUAUAGAACUUUGGAUAAAUCCAAAAACGCCAAAUUUCCUGACAGCCUAAUAUAUAAAAAGCCUCUUCAAAACAGGUUAAAAACACCUUUUCUAGAACAAGAUUUAUUAGUUUCGCCUGCUGAUAAUUUAAAUACAUUUGUACAAGCAUCUGAAGACUUACCAGUUACGUCUUUAUUACAAGGAAGAAAUAACCUACUAAAGCAAUUGGAUUUAAGACAUAUAUUUAAUUUAGAUAAAGUUACAUCACUCGUUCCUAAAGAAAUAUUAAGUGGAAGGAAUAAUAUAUUACCAGAGAGGAUAAACAAUUUCCCAAGUCAUUAUCCUGAAAAUGUUUUAGAUGAAGCGUUGGCUGAGACUGAAAAUAUAAAAAAAUGUAUAAUGGAAGAUAAACCAAAUAAUAGUGAAGGGUCUGCAACAACAAAAAUAUUAAACAUUCUUCCAACACAAAGCAAUCAUAAAAUUCAAGCAAAAGCCUCAGAAAAUUUAGAUUUUUAUGAUGAAAACAUGCUUAACAAAGGCGACGCUACAGUUGAAGAAAGUCGUGACAAGUUUAAGAUGGUAUUUUCUCCUGACAAUAACGGCUACAAGAUUUUGCCAAGCUCCUUAGAUAGUAAAGAUGAACACCCACAAUUUAAAACUGAACAGUUAACCUCACAAGAUAAUGAUAUUCCAUCAAUUAAGGGAAGUAUUUUAAAAACUUUAGAAGACUUUAGGGAAGCAAAUGCUGUCAUGCACGAAAACUUAAAAUCAAGUCUUGAUAAUGUUUUACAACUUAAUUCAGCUCGUGUGGUAUCAGAUGGCGACUAUAAUACACUAGCAGUUCCUGUUACACUCGAACCUCAAGUAUGGAAUAAUAAACUUGAAGAAUCACCUAGGCUAAAACAUGCCGACCACGACGCUCUUUUAAAAAGCUCUGAUGCGUUAGUUUUAAACAAGUUAGAUAACCAAAACCAGCAAAUAACAAAUUUACAUUCAAAUCGAGAAACUGAUCAAAGAAAUGCUGAAAGUGAGACAAAAUCAGAUAUAAUGGAAAAGGACAGCGCAAAUACUGAUACAUGUUUGGUGUAUGGCAAUAGCGAAGGCAAAAAUGCAAACAGUGAUCUGAGUGAAAUGAAAAUGGCUGCAAGUGAACCAUUCAAUACGCGAUAUGGAUUUUCACGAAUGUCACAAAACAAUGUAGAAAAUAGAGCCAAAAAUUCUCUUAAUUUACGGGCGCCAAUAAGAAAUGUAGAGGAUAUAAAUUUAGAUUUAUUUGAUUUUCAACCAUUCUCUAUGGAUCAAGAUAGUACAAGGAAUACAAUUAGUUCAUUACCACGCUUAAACAUGAAAUCUUAUAAAACUAGAGUACCGAUCCCAAAGUCAUUGGAUUUAAAACCUGUCAAGUUACAAAAAGCCUUUAGAAAAGGUAAUGACGUACUGGGAGCUGUUUUAACAAUCCAACCACAUUCUGAAGGAAAAAGCAACAACAUGGUAUCAGCUCAAAGUAGGAGUAGUGAUAAUAUUUUUGAUCAUCCCUUAGGGAUGCUACCAAGUUUUGAUGAUUUACGAUCAUUUUUAGAACAUAGUGCAAAACAUAUACUGAAGUUCCCACACCUAUCAAGAAAUGUUGGAACAAAUUUAGCUUCCCCGCUAAUCAAUAUAGAAGAUGCUGCAGAUAACCUAAGAACAUAUACAGAAGAUACAUUAAAAAACGUUCAACAGUCUUUGGGUAAUACAUUGCAUAGCGUUCGGGACAGAGAUCGAACUAUAAUAGGAGACGCUCUUCUUAACCCAAAUGGCUUAGUCGAAUCGUUAUCUAAAAAUAAUUUGGAUGUGAACGAGAAGCUACAUGACUUGCACAUAAAUCUAAAUGAUAGAUUACAAAGAAUAUUUGACCAAUCUAGAUCAUCAUCCAAUAUACAGCCACUAAACACACGGUAUAAUUCAUAUCCCAAAAAUAUUUCGAUGCAAAGGAAACAAACAAAUACAGGCCAUAAACUAUCAAGUAACAGAAUUUAUGAAAAUAGACCUCUUUCUAAGAUACCUUCAAAUAGAGACAAUAACAUUUUGCAUCGAAAGCUAAAUCCAAAAGCCUCAAUACAGAGUCAAAGAAUCGUCGACAAUUCACGUGCAAAUCUACCUGUUAGAAACGUAGACAAACCGAUUACUUUACAGAAUGCACGACUUAGCAAAACGGUUGAAUCAAAUCCCAAUUUACAAAGAGUAUUUCAACCCAAGGAAUAUAAAAGCGUUCCUUCUCUUACAGCAAAGAAAGCAGCGAUACUAGAAUCGCUUACUAACAAAAGGCCUUUAUUACCAAAUUUGGAAAAGAAAUUAUUUAACCCAACAUUGUCUAGAAACACUCAACCCAACCGUAAUUUCUUAGCACGAAAUACACUAGCACGUGAGCAAAAAACUUCACCAAGUGAAACUGUAUAUAAUACUGUACCUAUAGAAGAGAGAGCCAGAGACAGUGUACAAGCGAAAAACAUCGAUGAUAAAAAAUUUAGAGCACCACUGCCUCCAUCAUUUUUGAAAAAAUCAUUUUUACCUAACAUCGCUGACAACAACUUUUUGUCGAAGGUAAAAGACGCUGUGACCAGGGAUACUCCAGUACAUUCAAAUAUUGGAGACAGAAAUGAUGUAAUACCAUCCCCAUCAGAAAUGAUUAAGUCUGUUGAACCCCCAAAAGAGAAUAUAGCAUUUAACUGCAAAAUGGUUUGUGAUAAGGCUUAA